CCGCGCCGCCCGCCUGAGGGCUAUAAAAGGGGUGAUGCAACGCUCUCCAAGCCACAGUCGCACGCAGCCAGGCGCGCACUGCACAGCUCUCUUCUCUCGCCGCCGCCCGAGCGCACCCUUCAGCCCGCGCGCCGGCCGUGAGUCCUUGGUGCUCGCCCGCCGGCCAGACAAACAGCCCGCCCGACCCCGUCCCGACCCUGCCCGUCCUCCGGACCCUGGCCGCCCCGAGCGGAGCCUGGAGAAUAAUAGAGGGAGAUGAAUUUAGCAACUACAUCGCUGAAGCUUCUCCCCCGGAAGUUGGACCCAAGCAAUGGGAAUGAGAAAGCAAAAUGAUGCUUCAACACCCAGGCCAGGUCUCUGCCUCGGAAGUGAGUGCUUCUGCCAUCGUCCCCUGCCUGUCCCCUCCUGGGUCACUGGUGUUUGAGGAUUUUGCUAACCUGACGCCCUUUGUCAAGGAAGAGCUGAGGUUUGCCAUCCAGAACAAGCACCUCUGCCACCGGAUGUCCUCUGCGCUGGAGUCAGUCACGGUCAGCGACAGACCCCUUGGGGUGUCUGUCACAAAAGCCGAGGUAGCCCCUGAAGAAGAUGAAAGGAAAAAGAGGCGGCGAGAAAGAAAUAAGAUUGCAGCCGCCAAGUGCCGAAACAAGAAGAAGGAGAAGACGGAGUGCCUGCAGAAAGAGUCAGAGAAGCUGGAAAGUGUGAAUGCUGAACUGAAGGCUCAGAUUGAGGAACUCAAGAAUGAGAAGCAGCAUUUGAUAUACAUGCUCAACCUUCAUCGGCCCACGUGUAUUGUCCGGGCUCAGAAUGGGAGGACUCCAGAAGAUGAGAGAAACCUCUUUAUCCAACAGAUAAAAGAAGGAACAUUGCAGAGCUAAGCAGCCGUGGUAUGGGGGCAAUUGGGGAGUCCUCACUGAAUCCUCAUUUUAUACCGAAAACCCUGAAGCCAUUGGAGAGCUGUCUUCCUGUGUACCUCUAGAAUCCCAGCAGCAGAGAACCAACGAGGCAGGAGGUCCUGAAAUGACUCAGUGGGCCCUUCCCAUUCUGCCCCAGAGUGGGUCUCGGACCAGGGCAAGUGCAUCCUUGCCUCAACUCCAGGAUUUAGGCCUUAGCACACUGGCCAUUCUUAUGUUCCAGAUGGCCCCCAGCUAGUGUCCUGCCUGCCUUUCAUCUGGAUUCUACAAAAACCAGGAUGCCCACCCUUAGGAUUCAUGCAGAAGUGUCUGUACCUUGGGUGGGAGGGAUGGGGCCAUCUCCUUCACCGUGGCUACCAUUGUCACUCGUAGGGGAUGUGGAGUGAGAACAGCAUUUAGUGAAGUUGUGCAAUGGCCAGGGUUGUGCUUUCUAGCAAAUAUGCUGUUAUGUCCAGAAAUUCUGUGUGCGAGAAAACUAGGCAAUGUGCUCUUUUGAUGUUUGUGUCACACAACACUGAUGUGACUUUUAUAUGCUUUUUCUCAGAUCUGGUUUCUAAGAGUUUUGGGGGGGUGCGGGGCUGUCACCACGUGCAGUAUCUCAAGAUAUUCAGGUGGCCAGAAGAGCUUGUCAGCCCCUGGAGAACAGAAUUCUCCCAGUGUUAACACAAAAUCCAUGGACAGCAUGAUGGCAGGUCCUCUGUUGCAAACUCAGUUCCAAAGUCACAGGAAGAAAGCAGAAAGUUCAACUUCCAAAGGGUUAGGACUCUCCACUCAAUGACUUAGGUCAGGAGUUCUGUCUAGGCUGGAAAAGCCAAAGGAUAUUCCAUUUUCCUUUCCUUGUGGUUAAAAACCACAGUCAGUGGAGACAUAUUUGGAAACCCCAGUCAGUGGCGCCUAGGUGGUGCCCAGGCUUCAGCAUUAUUGGAUGUCAAUAGCAUUGUUUUUGUCAUGUAGCUGUUUUAAGAAAUCUGGCCCAGGGCGUUUGCAGCUGUGAGAAGUCACUCACACUGGCCACAAGGAUGCUGGCUACUGUCUGUUAAAAUUCUGAUGUUUCUGUGAAAUUCUCAGAGUGUUUAAUUGUACUCAAUAGUAUCAUUACAAUUUUCUGUAAGAGAAAAUAUUACUUAUUUAUCCUAGUAUUCCUAACCUGACAGAAUAAUAAAUAUUGGAACCAAGACAUGGUAAA